AUGGUGGCGAGAGUGAGGGCCAUCUGGCUGGCCUUCUUCCUGGGUGCCUUCCUUGGUCCAAGCACCGGACAAUACUCUCCGGACCUCAUCACUUCCUUGCCAGGCUUGCCUGAGAUGCCAGCCUUCCAGCAAUGGUCAGGAUACCUCCAGGCUGGACCUGGCCAGUAUUUCCAUUACUGGUUUGUGGAGUCCCAGGGCAACCCAUCCACUGACCCCCUAGUCCUCUGGCUCAAUGGGGGUCCCGGCUGCAGUUCGAUGGAGGGCUUCCUGGCCGAGAACGGCCCUUUCCAUCUGAACAGCGAUGGCACCCUCUACCUGAACCCCAGCAGCUGGAACCAGGUGGCCAACAUGCUCUACAUUGAGUCCCCAGCUGGCGUUGGCUAUUCCUAUUCCACAUCUGAAGACACCACCAUUGAUGACAGCCAGGUGGCUGAGGACAACUACCAGGCCCUUCAGAGUUUCUUUGCAAAAUUCCCCAACUUUGCCAACAACCCGUUUUAUGUUUUUGGGGAAAGCUACGGCGGCAUCUUCGUCCCCAGUCUGACGUCCAAGAUUGCGGAAGGAUCUGCUAGCAUCAACCUGAAGGGAUUUGGAGUUGGCAAUGGCAUGCUGAGCUAUGCCCUCAAUGAACUGACACUGAUGGAAUUUGGCUACUACCAUGGAGUGUUUGGAGACGAAUAUUCAGAAGCAUAUGGAGUCCUGUUAUGGGAUUGGCCUCAACAUAUACAACCUCUAUGCGUCCUGCUGGGGAGGAGCACACUACCAGGACCGUUCGAAGCCGACCUCUCCAACCUCUUCCGCCAAUACCAGUUCAACGUCCCUGUGCCGGUCAGUUGCAAGCAGGCUGAAGUGACCUCUGAGAAUAACGUGGGCUCCAUUCCAGGAGUGCCACCGUGCAUCAACGCCCACGGCCAUGCUCCCAGGUGCUGCAGUGGUUUCCAGCCCUGGUACUACAAUGACCAGGUUGCUGGGUUUUUCAAGGAGUAUGAGAAGAUCACAUUGCCUCACUGUGAAGGGUGCGACACAUGGUACCUCAGUACAAGCCCGGCCGGCUCUGAAAGAUGUUUGAAUGCUCCUCUCGCAACCAGCUACGUCUGA